AUGAGCCAAGAUUUGGUAGGAGGGAGUAUUAGCAGCGACGAGCUGUUUGAAGCUCAGGCUCGCGCCAGGAAUUUUGCCUUCAGCUACAUAGUUUCCAUGGCGCUAAAAUGCAUCGUCGUGCUAGGAGUGCCCGACGCCAUCCACCGACAUCAGGGCCCGACCUCACUUUCCGACCUGGCCUCCUCCCUUCCCCUUCCCCUUCCCCUUCACCAUUCCAAGGUUGACGCUCUGCGACGCCUCAUGCGCCCGCUGGUCCACGCCGGAUUCUUCACUGGGGAAGAUCAUUACUACUCCCUCACCACCAUGGGCAAGCUGCUCCUCCCCGGCGGUUCACUGUCUCCCUUCAUAGACCUCCACCUCGACCCAAAAAUGAUGGCGCAGUGGGGGAUGCUGAGCUCGUGGUUCCUCUACUCCAGCGACCCGGUACCGUUCGAGAUGGUCCGCGACGGCAUGUCGUUUUGGGAGUGGCUGGAGAAGGCGCCGGACCAGAAGAAGGCGUUCCGCGGGGUCAUGAUCGAGGAUUCCAAGCUGGUGGCGAGGGUGCUGGUGUCGGAGUGCAGGGAGGUCUUUGAAGAAAGUUGGGUGGAGUCGUUGGUGGACGUCGGCGGUGGCGGCGGGACGAUGGCCGUCGAAAUUGCCAAGACGUUCCCGAAGCUCAAGUGCACUGUGUUCGAUCUCCCUCGCGUGGUUGCCAACUUAAAGGAGGGAGAUGGUGAGGUCGUUGGAGGGAGCAUGUUUGAGAAAGUUCCCCCCGCAGACAUAGUCCUCCUCAAGUUGAUUCUUCAUGAUUGGGAUGAUGAGAAGUGCCUGGAGAUUUUGAAGUGUUGUCGGGAGGCAGUCUCCCAAGAUGAUAAAAAGAAAGGGAAAGUGAUCGUCAUAGAUAUGGUGAUGGGCCAUAAGGCUGUGCUCGAAAAUCACGAGUUAUGUCAAGUGCAGUAUUGCUUCGAUCUUCUGAUGCUUGUUCAUUUCAAUGGAAAAGAACGAAAUGAAAAGGAAUGGCAGAGCUUGUUCAUGGCGGCGGGUUUCAGCGACUAUAAGAUAAUUCGUUCGUUGGGUCCAAAAUGCCUUAUCGAAGCUUAUCCUUAA